CCUCCUUCCCCUUUUUACCAUCAGGUUGCCUCACGACCAUCGUCAUUGUGUACAUUCCCACUUUUUCCUUCUUUCUCGUACUUUCUUUCAGAUACCCAGCAGUUGGGAAAAACGUAAAAGCGUUUGGUGUAAGAUGAUCGUUCCAUUGAAAAUCAAAACUCCACUUUUAGAUCUCAAACCUCUCACCCCUGAAGAUGUUCCCUCACCAGAUUCACCAGAGUUUUGUGCCUUUCUCGAUACCUACUUUACCUACGGAGAGACCUUGGCAGGAACCAUGGAUAAAUGGAAGAAGCAUAGUGUUAAAUGUGAUGGAACUGUACAGAUUGUCAACCUCCAUAACUCUGCUGGAUGUUUAGAGGCCAAGAAACAACUAGGUAUCAAAGAAUACUGGUGUGGUCGUAUCUCCAUUCACACAUCUCAAUCUAUUCGUCAAAUCGAACAUCCCCUACCUCGACGAAGUUCAUCACAAUAUAACCCUCUCACACUCGUACAUGCCAUUUCUCAUUCUUUGCAUCUUGAUACUCCUUCCUCCACGACUUCACCUGGUGCACCGGAAGAACCACACCGUCGUCAGCCGCCGAUCAAUGGCGAUGGCAACGAGUCGAAUUUACAUGCUAUAGUCGAAGAUGAGGUGGAUGAACAGACCAGACAGGCUAAAGUCAUGAACGACGCCCCGGAGACAUUGUAUGAGAGGUUUAGAAGAGGUUUGCUGGAGUAUCAUUCCGAGAAUGAACGGGAAUAUAUCGAAUCGUGUAGAGAGACGGAAUGUUUACAAGUCUUUCAACCACACGUCGCUGAAGUUUGGCGUUUAACAUAUAAAACACCACCACCUACGAACCCACGAACCUUUGUGGUUUUGUUAUUGUCCCGAGAAUUGAAAACGGAUCCUAAAGGCCAAAGAGAGUUCAUGAAUAUCUCGAUACCUUUCGACCACCCGAAUUGCCCUCCUAAACAAGGAGGUGAAAAGUCACGCGUACGCGGGGCAUACGUUUCCGUCGAACGGGUUAGAGAACUGGACGAAGGUACCAAGGUAGAAUGGAAAAUGGCUACGAGUUCUGAUGCUGGAGGUAAUGUGCUACGAUUCAUGACUAAUGCUUCUUUACCUGGAAAGAUUGCGGAAGACGUUCCUUCGUUUCUCAAAUGGAUGGUAAGACGUUUCCCUCAAGGAGGAGAAGUCGCAUCGCAUCCCGCAUCGGCAUGAAUGACGAUCGGAAUGACCUAGACGAUUCAUGUUUGCGUAGUACCCAGGGUAUCAUAUGCAUACGUUCCUUGUUUCUG